CAUUACGCGUCCGUCUCUGUAAGUCGCUGAAGCAUGUGAGGAAAACAUGGAGGGGCAGCUUUUAUGACAUUUAGCUGCCGUUUGUUUAAAUCCGUGUGACACUGACGCUAACGUUGACGAUUAAAAGCGUACCUUUUGUCUCCGUUCGUAUUCCAGAGUCGGGUUUGCUAACUUCGCUUUAGUCACGCGCGCUGCUUUUCGGUUGUUUUGCUAGCGCUCAGCCCGCUGAUAGCAUGGAUACCACGGGGGAAAAUGCAUUGGACAUCCACGGAGACGAGGAAAUCAUCGAAGUCAUCGACCUACACGACACGGAGCCUGAACCAGAUGACCUGGCCGAUGAGUUGGGGGACGUCGACUUUGAGGAGCCUGGAAUCGCCGACGACGAAGGCUGGGAGACGGAGGACGAGAUGGAAGCUGAGGCAGAGCAGGACGACAGCGAGCUCACCUUCUCCAAACACACAGGCUCGGUGUUCUGCGUGAGUUUGGACCCGGCGACGAACAGCUUGGCGGUGACGGGAGGAGAGGACGACAAGGCGUACGUGUGGAGGGUGAGCGACGGAGAGGUCCUGUUGGAGUGCACGGGUCACAAAGACUCGGUGACGUGCGCCAUGUUCAGCCACGACUCGUCCAUGGUGGCCUCGGGCGACAUGAGCGGCAUGAUCAAAGUCUGGAAGGUAGACACCAAAGAGGAGAUCUGGUCCUUCGAAGUGGGCGACCUGGAGUGGUUGGAGUGGCACCCCUGCGCUCCAGUGCUCCUGGCCGGGACGAACGACGGCAACGUGUGGAUGUGGAAGGUCCCCUCAGGAGACUGUAAAACCUUCCAGAGUCCAACGUGUCAGGCCACCAGCGGCAAGAUCCUCCCUGACGGUAAGCGGGCGGUUGUGGGAUAUGGGGAUGGAAGUGUGCGCGUGUGGGACUUGAAGCAAGGGAACACCAUCCACGUCAUAAAAGGUCACGACGGACACCAGGGGCCGCUGACCUGCCUGGCGUGCAACAAGGACGGCUCUCUGGUGCUGACGGGCUCGGUGGACGGCUGCUCCAAGCUCAUCAACACCGCCACGGGCAAGGUGGUCGGAGUGUUCCCAGCGGACGGAGGCAAAGCGAAAGCAUCCGAAGACGAGGACGAAUCCAACUCGGUGGAAUCAGUCGGGUUCUGCAACAUCCUGCCUCUCAUAGCCGUGGCGUACUUGGAUGGGACUCUGGCCUUAUAUGACCUCUCCACGCAGGUCCUGAGGCACAGGUGCCAACAUGAGGCUGGCAUCGUUCACCUGCGCUGGGAGGAGACUUCCUCCGUGGUGUCCACAUGCAGUUUAGACGGGACGCUGCGUCUAUGGGACGCUCGCACGGGCAACAUGGUGUCAGAGUACCACGGCCACACCGCAGAGAUCCUCGACUUUGCUGUCAACAGGGAGGCGUCCCUUGCCGUAACAACUUCCGGAGACUAUCAGGCGAAAGUCUUCUGCCUCCAGAGACCUGAUCGGUAAAAGAACGACAGAGGAGGGAGAGAAGAUUAAUCAAGGAGAAACGUCAAGAGACAUUUAGUGAUCAGACUUUUUUUUUUAUGUUCUCCGACACUCUGCGGCGCCGUUUUCCUUUCUCCUCUGGAUUUUUAAAAAUAUCCUUUUGUGUGGUCCGGACAUCUCACCUGACCGCUUACGGUUAAUAUUCUGUCUUGAACGCUUGAGCACACCUCAAGCUGUUGAGACAUCCUUUAAAACAAACUCUAUUUUUGUCCAAGUGCUCUCUCGUUCAAGAA